UCGGCAUUGUGGCCCGGUCUCCCCGCGCUCGUCCUUGGAAACGGCGUCAGAGAGCAGCUGAGAGAUGCUGAACAUUUCAAACGUCUGGCGGUAGGCUGCAAAGUUUCCACCCUUUAAACUCUGUCCUAUAGCCGCGGCAGGAGGAGGCAGGACUCACGGCUUGGUAGGAAUUAGUUGGAAAAGUGGUGCGUAAAGCCUGGGAACAGAAUGUUAAUAUUUUAAAUCUGGUCUAAUGGAGGCGAUUUGGAGGCCUGAUACUGUUGCGCGUCCUGUGUUGUUGUUAAAUUUAUAUUUCUAAACGUUAUAUGACUUUCUUUUAUGCAAUUGUGUGCGCAAAACCACUCCAAAUUCCUCUACUGGCUUUAAAUUAGCCAGAUCUUUUUAAUGAGUCUAAUUAACUCCCAGCAUCGUUUGUGAUUAAUUGGAUCUUAAGUUAAAAUCCUCUCCUGUGCGUAAAAGUUCGCUUUUAUUGAGGAUAAAAUCAGAAUUCCAGCGCUUUUAGCCAUAGAUGUCCUCUGAGCUGGAAGGAGGCCUGCAGCUGGACACCACAGCGACACUUCUACUGAAACCAGAAGACGUUAUUGACGUGACGAGUCCUGACGGAUGCGCAGGGCUGCUCGGCAGCCGAGGGGUACGAGGGGAGAAUAAAGUGACCCUGUCUCCGGAGCGCCAUCAGUACCAACCACGCAAGAUGACCCGGAGCCCUAAAUGCGCGCGCUGUCGGAACCACGGCGUCGUCUCGUGCUUGAAAGGCCACAAGCGCUUCUGCCGCUGGAGGGACUGUCGAUGCGCCUGCUGCCUGCUGGUGGUGGAGCGGCAGCGCGUCAUGGCGGCGCAGGUCGCGCUGAGGAGGCAACAAGCUGCGGAGGGGAAGAGGGGGGUCAGGUGUGCAGCAGCUCCGAUGCAGAGGACGGCAUAUCAGCGUUACAGCCGAGGAGCCGAGCCGAGCAGCCUGACUAAAAGCCUCCUGCAGGGGCUCAAACCUGCGGGACGGCCAGAGGACGACGCCUCCUGCUGGCUGAAACCGACGCAGCGUGAGCAAACACACUACACGUGUCCAUCCAUCAGCGCCCGCAUGAGGAAGAGGAGAGCCUUCGCAGACAAAGAGCUGGAGAAUGUGAUGCUGGAGAGAGAGCUGAGGCAGAGGGAGCUGCAGGCCGACCUCUUCUCCUCCUCCUCCUCCUCCUCCGCCCUCGUCCCCGUGCUUCACCCUCCAACCUUGCCCUCCUCACCGAAUCUGCACUGCUGCCUUCUAAGCAAGGACCCUGCCGCUGCAGGGACGUCCUCUUAUGUGCCUGUGUAUAAAUAUAAGCCUGUGUAUGACUGUGACUUCCACUUCUAUCAGUUCUUCCAGCUGAAGAGCAAAGCUUCAACAGGAUGUGACUUUUUGUGCCAAAAGUCAGAGCAAACAGGGGGAAAAGAGGACGGCCAGGGUAGCUGGAAAGUCUGUGAGAAGAGAGAGCUAAUUCCUCUACCACCGCAACAAAGACUCAAACAUCCCUGCAGCGCCUCGUCAAGUUCAGACCUCGACAAAACUGCCUCAAACACACCAGAAAUAAAGAACUCAGAUAUCUCCUCAGUCGUCACACGCUCUAUUUCAGGAUCAGAUCAGGGUAUCCAGGGCGGGCCAGACGUCAGGGAACCCAGCAGGACUUUUGAUCCCAGACCUCUGAUGACUAAAAGCUGGUCUGCAGACACUCCCAAUGAUCACGCAGGCACUCAUGCCGACUCCAUCAAGAGCUCCCAUGGCAGCUCAGUCAGGACUCCUGCUGUGAGGCCAUUACCAUUCUCUGUAGAGGCUCUGCUGAGGGCCUGACAGGCGAAUGGAGGGCAGUGGUGUGCGCUUUGCUUUGUGUGGACUAAGAACUGAUGUUGAGUGAAUAAUCACACUGCAAAAACUCAGAUCUAAGCAAGUGUAUUUGUCCAAUUUCAGGUUAAAAAAUCUCAUUACAUUUAUUUUAAGUUGUAUGAACCUGACAAGUCCAAAUAAACCUCUUAUUUCAAGAUAUUAAAAGCAAACAGUGAAGCCUAUAUUGUCUGUUAUUUGUGAUAAUAUCCACAAUUAGGAUAAGAAAUUUACU